CGAGGGCGAGGAGGCCAAUUCGACCUUUAUAACGAUUCGGCCAUCGAUCGGAGGAGUGGGAAUGAAUACGAGGAAGCAGCAGCAGCAGCAUUUCGUGCAGCGAGCGUUGUGGACGAGAGUUAUCCUUUUCGUGUUGGUGGUGGGAGCGGUGUGCUACGUCGGAGCUUCUCUGUGCGACGCAAAAGAAUCGGGUGCAGAUAUGGCGGGGUUGAUGGGCGCGCCCAAGGAUGUGAGCAAUGCUGAGAACAGCGUCGAGAUGGACGAUAUGGGUCGAUUCGCCGUCGAUCAGUACAACACUAAGGAGGGAAAGAACUUGUCGUUCAAGAAUGUGGUGUCUGCUAAGAAGCAGGUUGUAUCUGGGACUAUGUACCACAUGGUCAUCGAGGCCCACGGAGACGAUUCUGUGAAAAUGUACGAUGCCAAGGUGUGGCACAAGCCAUGGGAGAACCACAAGUCUCUUGAGCACUUCAAGCCUCAGGAGAGCUCUGCCAAUGACUCUCCAAACACUGAGGUAGCAGGUAUGCGGUCAGUCCCAGUGGGGGAUCCUGUGAUUAAAGAAGCAGCAGAGCAUGCUUUGAAGGGAUUAAACGAUAGGUCCAACUCCCUUGUACCUUACGAGCUUCGUCAAGUCAUGACUGCACAUGCUGAGGCAACUGAUGAGCAUACCAACUUUGACCUACAUAUUAAAGUUGCGAGGGGUGCUAAAGAGGAAGAGAUGAAAGCUGAACUUCACCGAACUGCUGAUGGGAAAUGGUCUCUAAAGCACGCAGGUCCCAUGUAGCUUGCGACAGAAAUUCAGAAGCCCUAGGUUCCUGCAUUUUUCGUCAAGUGUAGUUUGUAAAGAUCUCGGUCCGUAAAUAAUCCCAGGCAUGAAUUUAGGUGUGUUAGAAUCUCUUGUUGUAGCAUAGAAGACGAGAUAUAUCUUGUGCUAUAUUUCCUUCAGUUUGCUGCAGACUUUUCUCGCACCUUGAAUUAUAGCAUCAGCUUUUUCAGAUCUCUUCAGUGCAGAUCAUACACGGCACUAACUCUGUAACGGAUUUCAUGUUAUAUAUGCACCUGUACAUGUGUGAUCGUGAUUGUAAAAGUAUUAGAUUUUACUCAGCUGGAUUUUGUGGCGUGUAAAGAUAAUUUUCAUAGUCAGCUGUUUCUUUCAAGGCUUUUUGGUUGUGCAAAAUGCUCGAGACAAAUUUGAGAUAAAAUUCGUUCCGAAGAUAAGCUAAAAGUAAACAU